AUGGCUCGGCCAGCGCCAAUCAACAUUGACUUGGUGCUCUCGCCGGCCAAUCCGGCAUGGAUGACAGAGCUUGUCGACGAGGCCUACCAGACCAUCGUCCUGGCCAACCAGACGUUUGAGGACGAGCAGGGGAAGCGAUCCCUGCAUCCGCUGAUGGUCGAGUUCCUGCGCGAGAAGCGCCGGAGACUGCUGGGCUCGUACAGCCCGAGCCAUCUGAUCAGCUGGAUGAAGCAUCCCCCGCCGGCGCAGGAGAGCGAGCUGGCGGUGGUGGCCAUGCGGGCGGCGCCGUUUGACCAGGCUGGCACGCUCGUCCAGCUCGCCGUCCGGUUCCGCUCUCGCCAGAGCCUCAAGAUCCGCGACAAGCGCGGGCUCGUCGUCUUUGGCUCCCACUCCGAGCCCCAGCCCAUCAUGGAAAGCAAUUUCAGCUCCCUUGGACCAACAACCCAACGCCAAGGAGGCACACAUCGGGCUACCAUGUGA